AUGCCAUUAAAUUCAAAACCAAGAAGGAGAUCAAGUAGGAUCGCACCUGUUGCUGACGAAGAAUCCUUAUCCUUCAUCAAUUCAUCCGUUGAGAAUCUAGAGGCAUCUCCAUUUGAAAGUAUUGAUACUUCAAUCGAAAACAUGACUGGUUUAAAUUCUACUGAUCGUAAAUCCUCAUUCACUGCAACUAUUCCAUCUGGUACUGCUACCCCAACUUCUGUCUCUGGAACAACUGCUGGAACUGCAACACCUAAAGCCUCAUAUAUUCCACCUUGGACAGAACCAUACAUUAUUGGGAUUGCUGGGAAUUCGGGUUCAGGUAAAACAUCAAUUUCUCAAAAGAUUAUUCAAGAAAUCAACCAGCCAUGGACUGUUUUGUUGUCUUUUGACAACUUUUAUAACCCUUUGACUCCUGAGGAAAGUAAACAAGCUUUUGCCAAUAACUUUGAUUUUGACACCCCUGAUUCUUUAGAUUUUGAAUUGUUAGUUGAAACUAUCAAGAACUUGAAAAAAGGUGGAAAGGCAACUAUUCCAGUGUAUUCGUUCACUUCACACAACAGAACCAAUAAAACCAAUACUAUCUAUGGGGCCAAUGUGAUUAUUGUUGAAGGUUUAUAUGCAUUAUAUGACCAGCGUUUGUUGGAUAUGAUGGAUUUGAAAAUCUAUGUCGAUACUGAUUUGGAUAUCUGUUUAGCAAGAAGAUUAACUCGUGAUAUUCUAUACCGUGGUAGAGAUUUGGGUGGUGCUAUUCAGCAAUGGGAAAGAUUUGUCAAGCCAAAUGCAGUAAAGUUUCUUAAUCCAACGAUGAAUAAUGCAGAUUUGGUUAUUCCUAGAGGUUUGGAUAAUUCAAUUGCUAUAAAUUUAAUGAUUAACCAUAUCAACAAUCAAUUAGCAAACAAAUCAAGAAAUCACAUCUCAAGAUUGAAGAAAUUGGGAUUAAAUAUCGACUUUGAUGUCAAUCAAUUUAACAUCAAACUAUUAAGAGAUACUAAUCAAGUUAGAGGAAUCAAUUCAAUUUUAUUUGAUACUGAGACAUCAAGAAAUGACUUUAUUUUCUACUUUAAUAGAAUUUGUGGAUUGUUGAUUGAAUUGGCACAAGAGUUUAUUUCUGAAUAUAAAGAAGUGGACAUCGAAACUGGUAAAGGGAUCUACCAUGGUAAAAAAGUUGUUCAAAAUCAAUACAUAGCUGUUAAUAUUAUCCGAAGUGGUGACUGUUUUAUGUCUUCCAUCAAAAGAUCAUUCCCUGAGAUUUCAAUUGGAAAAUUAUUGAUUCAAAGUGAUUCAUCCACUGGUGAACCACAAUUGCAUUUUGAAAGCUUACCACAUAAUUUGACUACUAGAGGUGAAAUAAUGUUAUUUGAUUCGCAAAUCAUAAGUGGUGCAGGGGCCAUUAUGGCAAUUCAAGUUUUAUUAGAUCACGGGGUCAAAGAAAGUGAUAUUAUUUUGAUCAGUUACUUGUCUACAGAAAUUGGUAUUAGAAGAAUUGUUAAUGUAUUCCCUAAAGUUAAGAUUGUAAUUGGUAAAUUAUCAAGUAUGGAAGACGGAGACAAUCAACAAUGGUAUAAUAAGGAAAGGUUUUUGGAUAGUCAUUGGCAUUUUAGAAAUAGAUUUAUAGAUUCUUUGUAUUUUGGUACUGAUUAA